CCCCUGCACCCCCUCGGCCCCUCGCCUUCCUCUUCCCGGCGCGGCCCCCCGGCUUCCGCGCACCGCCCGCCACCAACCCGCUUGCUACCAUGUCUGUGGAGCUCGAGGAGGCCCUGCCGGUGACGACCGCGGAGGGGAUGGCCAAGAAGGUGACCAAGGCUGGCGGCUCGGCGGCGUUGUCCCCAUCUAAGAAGAGGAAGAACAGCAAGAAGAAGAAUCAGCCGGGCAAGUACAGCCAGCUGGUGGUGGAGACCAUCCGCAGGCUGGGCGAACGCAACGGCUCGUCGCUAGCCAAGAUCUACACCGAGGCCAAGAAGGUUCCGUGGUUCGAUCAGCAGAACGGGCGCACCUACCUCAAGUACUCGAUCAAGGCGCUGGUGCAGAACGACACGCUUCUACAGGUGAAGGGCACCGGCGCUAACGGUUCCUUCAAGCUCAACCGCAAGAAGCUGGAGGGCGGCGGGGAGCGGCGCGGAGCCCCGGCGGCCGCCACCGCCCCGGCGCCCACCGCGCACAAAGCGAAGAAGGCGGCUCCAGGCGCGGCCGGCUCCCGUCGCGCGGACAAGAAGCCCGCCAGGGGCCAGAAGCCGGAGCAACGCUCGCACAAGAAGGGCGCUGCCGCCAAGAAGGACAAAGGCGGCAAGACCAAGAAGACGGCGGCCGCCGGGGGCAAGAAGGUGAAGAAGGCGGCCAAGCCCAGUGUCCCCAAAGUGCCCAAGGGCCGCAAGUGAGCGUGCCGGCUGGUCAGAGCGGCCGGCGUGGGCUUUUCAAUGUUUUUGUUUUUCUACCCCAAGUGACGUAGAUUUUGUACGGCUCGCCCUGGCCAGGGCCGCGGGGCCUGUUCUGAGCCUCAGGGAGGGGCCCCGGGUCCUCUCUGUCUUUCCCCUCCCCCAACGAUGUAGCGUUUUUCGUUGUUUGCUUUAGGUUUUUGAAACAGCCCUGGCGACGCCUCCAUUGGCUCUCGGCCUUGGCAACGGUCGUCGUCAUGGUUACUGGCCCCUAGGCGCUGGUGGCCUAGGCCGCGCCUGCCCACCAGGCGGGGGCCGCUGGUUGGCCGGGCCCAGGCGCGCGGGGACGCGGAGGCCGCGCAUCCCUUCCCGGCUCCCCACCCUCCUUGCCUUUGGGUGCGCGACAAACAAUCGCUUAGGGCUCAGGGCUGCGCGGCGCUUCCCUUCAUUCCAUGGGCCUAUUUUUGGGCACAAUAAAGCG